UGAGGAUACAGAAUCACGAGGGGCUGGCAGGCAGACAGCGGCUCCGGCUCCGCAGACAGCGCCGCGGACACACAGACGGUAAACAGCCGGAGAGCGGAGCGUCUGAGCGGGUGCCAUGUCGGUGCUUGGCCCCGCCCCCACCAGCGCCGACGCCUGCCUCAGCAUCGUGCACAGCCUGAUGUGCCACCGGCAGGGCGGGGAGAACGAGGGCUUCGCCAAGCGGGCGAUCGAGAGCCUGGUUAAGAAGCUGAAGGAGAAGAAGGACGAGCUGGACUCGCUCAUCACCGCCGUCACCACCAACGGCGUCCAUCCCAGCAAGUGCGUCACUAUCCAGAGGACGCUGGACGGCCGGCUGCAGGUUGCAGGGCGGAAAGGUUUCCCUCAUGUGAUCUAUGCCCGUCUGUGGCGUUGGCCCGACCUGCACAAGAACGAACUGAAACACGUCAAGUUCUGCCAGUUCGCCUUCGACCUGAAGUACGACAACGUGUGUGUGAACCCGUAUCACUACGAGAGGGUGGUGUCUCCUGGGAUCGUUGGCCUCAGCAUUCAAAGUCCCGGUCCUCAGUCGGCUCUGAUAAAGGAGGAGUUUGUUCAGGACUGCCUGCAGGUCGACCUGCCCCCCCACCCCCACCCCGACCGCUACAGCCAGUAUCCCAGCAUGCCCCUCUCCCCGCCAGUCAGCAGCUCCAUGCUGGGGGGGGACGGCCUCCUGCAGAUCGCCUCCCCUCAGAGCCACGCCCCCCCCUCCCCACCCCACCCCAACACCCCCCAGACACCCAACCCCACCCCGCCCCCCGGCCCCCGGCUCCCCCACCCCUCGACCCCCCCGCAGCGGCAGAGCCCAGAGUACAGUGGCCCCGCCCCUCCCGGCCAGACCACCGCCGCUGCUGCCGCCGCCGCCGCCGCCGCAGCCGCCUACCACACGGCCUGGACGGGCAGCGGCCCGGCCUCCUACAGCCCCGCAGGACCCCAGCAGAACGGGCGGAGUCAGCAGCACCCGCCGUUACAUCAUCAUCCUGCGCCCAGCACGCACUUCUGGUCGCAGCACCACAGCACUCCUCCCUUUCCCCAGCCUGUGUCCAACCACCCAGGGCCAGAGUUCUGGUGCUCCAUCUCAUACUUCGAGCUGGACGUCCAGGUGGGUGAGAUGUUCAAGGUGCAGUCCAGCUGUCCGGUGGUGACGGUGGACGGCUACGUGGAUCCGUCAGGAGGGGAUCGCUUCUGUCUGGGCCAGCUGAGCAACGUGCACCGCACCGCCGCCAGCGACCGCGCCAGGCUCCACAUUGGUCGGGGGGUGCAGCUGGAGUGUCGGGGCGAGGGCGACGUGUGGAUGCGUUGCCUUAGCGACCACUCUGUCUUCGUCCAGAGCUUCUAUCUGGACCGCGAGGCGGGCCGGGCGCCGGGCGACGCCGUGCACAAGAUCUACCCCGGAGCCUGCAUCAAGGUGUUCGACCUGCGGCAGUGCCACAGGCAGAUGCAGCAGCAGGCGGUGGCGGCUCAGGCAGCAGCAGCAGCUCAGGCCGCCGCGGUCGCUGGUUCGAUUCCCGGGCCAGGCAGCGUGGGCGGGAUCGCUCCUGCUGUCACGCUGGCAGCGGCGGCCGGCCUGGGCGUGGACGACCUGCGGCGGCUGUGCAUCGUGCGUCUGAGCUUCGUGAAGGGCUGGGGCUGCGACUACCCGCGGCAGAGCAUCAAGGACACCCCCUGCUGGCUGGAGGUGCACCUGCACCGCGCCCUGCAGCUGCUCGACCAGGUGCUGCACACGCUGCCGCCCGGAGAGCACGCGCUCUGACCCCGCCCCGCCACUGUGUGUGUGUGUGUGUGUGUGUGUGUGUGUGCACGCGCGCGUGUGUGUGAGUACCUUUUAUACACGUGUUGGCCUUAGAAAUAGAAUUGGAUAGAAUGGGCACUGAAUGGAGAAUUCUAGCACUGCCAGUGAACCUGCUAACCUUAACCUGCUGUGAACUGAAGGCCAUGCCGGUUCUGCCCAGUUCUAUUUCUAUGGUGUUGGCAUAUUUUUGUGUGUGUGUGUGUGUGUGUGUGUGUGUGCACGCGUGCAAAUGCAGAAGACAAUCAAUGUGGAGUCAAAGCCUCAAACUUCAGUCGAGGAUUUUAACUUUAAAUCUCCUUCUGGUCUGUUGGCGCAUCACAUCUGCGUCGCUAAGCGUUCUAUUGGACGGUGAUGACAUCAUAUCCUGUUUACUCUGACAUCAUCAUCACGCCAACAACCAGCUGGAUAAUUUCUGAUAAUUUCCUGAUCAUGAACAGAGCAUAACGACGCUUCUGGGUUUGAAACAUAUCAGAGCUUUAAUCAGACUCUCUCCUGAGUCCUGUGUGUGUGUGUGUGUGUGUGUGUGUGGGUGGGUGUGGGUGUGGGUGUGUGUGGGCAGGAGGGUGUAAAUUUUCUUGUGUUAACCCUUUGAAACCAGAACAAAUUCACUGGAUUUCUUUCAAAAUGGGAAAAGGUGAUCAAGAAAUGAGCAAGAAACGAGUGAAAAGAAAACGACCACAAAAUUGCCAAAAAAGCCUCGGCAGAAAUCCAAAGAAAAUACUGAAUUUUGCUCGGAGCAUAAAAUCAGAACCUCUCGGAGGAUUUGCUGGUUUCAGAGGGUUCCUGCAGGUCCAGUCUGGAUUUCUCCUGUUCUACAUUUUAUCCUGAAGUUCAGUUUUCCAGCUUUAGCCGCAGAGACACGAUGGGAAGAGCCGACUCAGAGCAGGAAUUAUUUAUUAUGGAAUGAAAUGUUCUUUAUAGCUUUGUGUUAUUUACUGUUCUGACGCUCAGUGCCAUGUUUGGCCCGCCGGCCUCACAGCUGGACGGCUGAUUAUCAUCUUUAUUUUUACGUCCAAAGGGGCUUUUUCACUGAACGUGUGGCCGAGUCGCUGCUUUCAGCUUUGCCCAUUAAAGUUUUCUGAUG